AUGAUAAAUGUGGCAAGUGCUUUGGAAUAUCUUCACCAUGGGUGCUCGUUGCCUUUGAUUCACUGUGAUGUGAAGCCUAGUAACGUCUUGCUGGAUGAAGAUAUGGUUUCCCACCUCAGCGACUUUGGCAUUUCAAAACUGCUUGGUGAAGAUCAGGGUGAUUUUUACACUAAAACCUUAGCAACAUUCGGGUAUAUUGCACCGGAGUAUGGACUGGAAGGACUGUGUCAACAAAGUGUGACGUCUAUGUUGCUGGAAACGUUUACUAGGAGAAAGCCUAAUGAGUUUGAGGGGGAUCUUAGCUUGAAACAAUGGGCGAGUUAUUCACUUCAAGAUAAUGUAAUGGAGGUCGUAGAUGCCAACUUGUUAACAUCAACUGGUAAUCGCUUAAAGAAGGAGCUAGAUUGUCUUGAGAUGAGGGUCUUCCAGAAACAAGGUCUGGGUACACUUGUGAAAAUGGUGCUGAAGAUCCCCCUAUGUUUUCUCUCAUCCUUAUCACUUGUGAAAAUGGUGCUGAAGAAGCAAAAGAGUAUGAAGGCGGAGACGAGGGUGGAGAAAGUGAAUGGAAGAGUUGCGAAGGCGUCGGAGAAAGUGAAGGGAGUUGGAGAGGAUGUGCAUUACCGAGGAGUUUAUAAGAGGCCAUCGUGA